AUGAAUCAAGAAGUUGCAAGUUGGCCUUAUGAAUUUGCACUUUCAAAAGACUACAUCAAAUCUAAUCAAAGAGGAACUGUCAGAGGCCAACUAUUUGUCAAUGACGGUAAACAAAAUGUGGCAGCAUCCAAUGCUUAUGUAGGAUUAGCACCACCAGGAGAAGCUGGAUCUUGGCAAACAGAAAACAAAGGGUAUCAGUUUUGGACUAAAACUGAUGGUAAAGGAAAUUUCAUCAUAGAAAAUGUCAUAUUCGGUACAUAUAAUUUGUAUGCAACAGUUCCAGGUUUUAUCGGGGAUUACAAAUACACUUCAAAUAUAAAAGUUACUCCAGGUUCAAAUAUUAAAUUAGGUACUUUGAUUUAUAAACCUCCAAGAAAUGGAGCUACAAUUUGGGAAAUUGGUAUACCAGAUAGAAGUGCUGCUGAAUUUUUUAUUCCAAAUCCACCUUCACAAUUCAAAGUUCACAAAUACAAAAAUAAUUCUGAAACAAAAUUUAGACAAUAUGGUUUGUGGGAACAAUAUGGUGUUUUAUAUCCUAAAAAUGAUCUUGUCUACAAUGUUGGGACUAGCAAUUACUCAAAAGAUUGGUUUUAUGCUCAAGUUACGAGGAAAAUAGGAAUUAAUACAUAUAACGGUACUACAUGGAAAAUUAUAUUUAACCUUGCCAAUGUUAAUAUUGCCUCAAAUUACACACUCCAAUUGGCUCUUGCUGCAGCUGAGGAAGCUGACCUACAUGUUCUUAUUAACGAUGAAAAAUUACAAGAACCUCAUUUUUCGACUGGACAUAUAGGAGGAAGUAAUGCGAUCGCAAGACAUGGAAUUCAUGGAUUAUAUUGGAUUUAUAGCAUUGGAAUACAAGGCAAAUUGCUUGUCAAUGGAGCCAACACAAUUUUUCUUAUACAAUCAAGUGGUCUCUCCCCAUUUGAAGGUGUAAUGUAUGAUUAUAUUCGUUUGGAAGGACCUCAUCAGUAA